GCCACUAAGUGCAUAAAUCUCUCAUUUUACGAUCGUUCGUCAACACAAAUUGUUGUACAAAAUUACAAAUUGUACGAAUUGUACAUUAGGCGAUUAAAUUAUUCGUAAGCCCCAAAAGGAUUCUUCAAAAUCGAUACCAAAUGGAAGCGGCCGAGGGUCAAAGCCUGGUCAUCAAGAUGGCCCAGAAGAACAAGGAAACCCAAACGGUGAAGCUGGUGGCCGGUGGCGGACUAGCCAACAACUGGUUUUCCCCGGCGGCCUUUGGCGCCCCAGGUGGUGCUCCAUUCGGGGCCCAUCUGAUGGCCCAUCCGCCGUCCAUUCCGCACCACGCCCUGUCCUGCCAGUUCUACAUGGAUCGCGAGGAGCAGCUGUAUCGCCGCGCCUGCCAGAUGAAGGGCAUCCGGGUGGAGCGACUCAACGAGAUCCACGACGAGGAGGAGGGCGACUCCAAUGGCUCCGAGGAGGAGCCCUCGAAGGGCAUCCGAUACCGCUAUACCCUGGACGAGAUGAAAAGCUACAACCCGUACCGCUUUAUCCAAUUUUAAGUGUCCCCAGAUCACCAAAGCCUUCACCAUCGCCAUCGGCGUCACAUAUCCACCCACAUCGCAUCGCCCGUCCUCGUACUCCCAGGUAGAAUCACUUAGAUCCAGUAUUAGGAUUCGGAUCACCAGCACCACAAUCCACAUAAGAUGCCAGUUUGUGGCGACACCAUGCAUGCCUCCAAGCAACAGGAACAGAAACAAGGACACCCAACACCACACAUUUGCUUGUUGUUAUCAUCUCGCCAAACCAAUGAAAACAAUAAAGAAUUGUUCAUAAACGA